CAGCAACAACCGUCGAGUUGAGCUGCUGCCAGGUCUAUCGCAGCAAUUGCCGGACUGCCGUGCUCUAAUUAGUGCUCCCUUGGGCAACUCGGGGGACACGGACCUUUUGGUGCUUCAAGCGCCAUCAUGACGUCGUCGUCACGAUCGAUACGAGACCCACCGAGACAGUGCCCUCUCGUGUGCCAUGUCGUGUUGUUGCAAGCCUGGCGGUUGCGGUCACACAAAACCCACCCAUGGACAGAUGCCCGGGCCGAGCAAUUUCUCGCCUUCGGUGGUGACGCGUGUUCUGCGCGUUCGACCAAGGAACAUUGCGCGGCAUCUAAACUUCAUCAUCUAGAAAAUGAGUGCUACGGACUGCCUCCUGACAUUCAGCUCAGAUAUUUUCUGCUGUUUCCUGCAUCACGACAUGUCCGUUCCAUGCUUGCACCUUAUUUGCAGCUAAAGAUGCGAGCUCCGCAGUCUCACAUCCCACAUGAUAACAGAACACAAGCUCGCUCGACAACAAGGGGAUUGUCGUGCUACUGCUGGUGUAGCAUGAAUCACGAUUUAGUAGAAGCCUUCAUUUGUGGGCAUGCAGAAUUGAGCAUCGGCGACACUGCCGCGUCUCUGGUAACUUUGAAAUCUGGCAUCCUCGGCUGCCGAGGCGUGGGGCUUGCCAGUGGACAACGGCGUAUUAGCUAAAUGUAUGAUGGAUUGUGUCUGGACUAAGUGUAUGACCCUUGGACCUAAUGUCCGGUCGACUAUCAAGAGAUAUGGCAGUUGUUGGGAGCUCUGCUGGUCGAUUUGUAGUUUGACACCGCCCUUGCAUACACCGACUGUUGAGCAUGGCAGGAAGGAGGCAGGCUUCACAUGCUCAAGUGUCAAAAAGGUGAGAGUGGGGUCUCCGGCCGGGACGCCGGAAGCGACUGUUCAGGGAGCGCACCUUUUAUCU